AUGGAGAAAGCCCGCCUGGACAGAGAUCCGUUCCUGAUGAAGAAGACACUCGAGUUCCUCUAUACUGAUGUCUACAAUGUCACCUUUCAAAUCUCAGGCAAUGAUUCUGAGCAGCCGUGUACCAAGCGCCGAAAGGUCCUUAAUGGCAUGGGAUCUUCCAAUGCUUCGGAGUGGGCGGCACAUAAGGCACUCUUCCACACCCGCAUGUAUGCCGAAGGGGACUACUUUAUGAUUGAUACUCUCAAGCGACUGGCAAGGAAAAGUUUCUUCCCGCUAAUCUGUCAUCGGCUAGAUUCCAAAGAUGCCCAAAGUCUCGUCGAGAUUUAUUCCAAAAGGGCGAACUAUCAAGAGCUCAAAAAACACUGA